AUGAGCAGCUACUUCUCAAGCUCGACCUCGGCCGCAGCCCCCACGAUAAGCGCUACCGCACAGGACUUCCAAAUUCACGCUUUGGAGGUGCAGUUGGCUGGUGUCACUGAGGAGCGCGAUGCACUAGUUCGGCGUUUGAAAAAACACAAGUUCUGGUCGUCAUCAUCUAGCAUGUGGAUACUGCAGCUCCAAGAAAAACAAGAAGAGAUAACAUCGUUGCAAGUGAAAAUGGCCAACAUGGAAGCCAGGCUGGCGGAGCUCUCCCGCCCCUCGCAGUCAAGUGCUGUCAUAACACCCUCACUGGCGACCUCAACGAUGAUCGAUGGGGAGUGUCAGACGACUCUGGAAGGCUCAUGGGGAUGCGCUGAAGAUGGAUCCGAGGACAGUUCGCCGUCCUACUUCUCGUCAAUCAAUGCAGCUCUGGCUGAUGCUACUAAGGCCGAGCUGGUCAAGAAGGUCAGGGCACUCCAGCGGCAAGUGGAAGUGAUGCGGCCAAAGGUAUCCCAGUGCUACGCUCUUGACGCUGAGGUAACUCAGUUGAAGGAGAGUAUGAAGAACAGAGGCGGCGGCGGUGGCGGCAUUGAUAGUGCUGUGGAUACGUCGGGUCUACACUUUAUGGAAAACGCGUCGACUCAGACGGACUCUUCAGUUGCGUCUCAUGGAGGUAGCCAAACCGUGGCGGCCUGGCAACAGGUGGGCCAACUUCGGGAUAAGCUACGCGACACAGAGAUAGCGUUGAGGAGGUCACAAAGACAACUGUCUGAUCUCCAAGAGCAGCACGCGCGUGCAGGAGCGGAACUGAGGGCAUCAUGGGCGAAGCGAGAGGCUGAGACCAGCAUGACCAACGUCAUGGCUCUUUGCCCGUCGUGUUCGAAGUCGACCAGUGGUAGUGAGAAGGACGACAGCUCGACAGUAGAAAAGGAGGCGGAGGAAAAGCUUGAGGAAUUGAAGUUGUCUCUGGCGACCUCACAGGAGCGGGUUGAUAGCUUCGCCAACGAGUUGUUCAAAGCUCAAGAUCAGCUUAGUUCUGCUAGUAGUCAGCUGAUACAGCAAAGACGGAGGAUUAAUGGUAUGGAAAAGGAGAUAGAGGCAUUGAAGAGGAAGCUGUCGGAGCAGUACGAACUGUCGGCCCAGAGGCGAGAGGGUGACCAGUCUUUGGCUGCUAGCCGUCAGGAAGUGAUUGAUGAGCUCAGUGACCAGAUCCGAUCAUGGGUGGCAUCUCAUCGGGAGCUCUUGCAAAAGUACCAGGCGUUGGAGCGGGAAGCAGAGCUAUUACGGAUAGAGGUGGCCGAUCGAGCUUCGGAGUUGUCCUUGGCGCAGGCGAGAGCUGAUAAGGAAGUGUCCAAUGCUCGAGCUUUAAAGAUAGAGUACGCUGAGGCGACGAGCCAACUUGCGAUCGCACGACGGAAGGUCGAUGAGUUGAAGGCAUCACAUGUUGGCAUUAGGUUUGACGAUACACUCUGCACUGUGCGGUCCAGCGGUGGGUUCGAGUACGUCUGGACCAUCUCAAGGGUCGCCAUCCUUUGGUGGGAGUUCCUCUUCUUGCGAUGGUUACCCGAUCGCGCAAGUUGCCGAUGCGGCUUCGUCACGAUCGGCAGCUUUGGUACAACAUCUAAUGCGGCGAGGAUCUCUCAAACGUCGAGGAUAGCUGCCUCUACUUGUCCGCUGUCUUGCUGGGGACCUCCUAAGCUGUUGAUACCUAAGCUAGGGUGGAUCAAAAAUGAGCGCCUCGAGGUUGUAUCGUAG